UUUUAAUUGUCUUUUUCAAACUUUAUAAAAAUUGUUUUGCGAAUUUUUUUAGCUGCUUCCUUGACAAUCAGUGACGUCCCCCCACAAGUCAGACGGACCAUUGACAAGCGGGUCGACCGCGCGCACAUUUUGCGGCCUGAGCUUUGAGAGCCAUUUGAAGUUUCAAUAUACACUCCUACUUCGCAUUUACAAGCUUUUCAACCUCAGCCUUCAGCAUUCCACUCUCAUAGCUUUUAUUUUUCACUAUAAUGGACGCAGCAAACAAGUGCCUCCUGUUUGUAAAUGGGCUGGACGCUGAAGUAACUGAGCAAACUCUGCACGCAGCGUUCAUUCCCUUUGGCGAAAUAACCCAAGUGACGCUGCCCCCAGACCCGUCCUCAUCUAGCCGACACCGCGGCUUCGGCUUUGUGGAAUUUGAAGACCCCGACGAUGCACUCGCGGCAAUCGACAACAUGCACGAUGCCGAGCUUUUCGGCCGCACCAUCACCGUACGCAAGGCGCGCCCCGGAGCUCUGGGCAAAUCCACCGUCGCAGUGGCGUUUGGUGAUAACGCGAUUACAAGGGAUAUACCCGAAGGCAAAACUGCUGGUGAUGUAAGGGUGGUUGAGGAUAAUCCGCGGGUGUUUUUAGAGUUUGCUGUUGAUGGGCGCCCCAGCGGCAAAGUUAUUAUUGAAUUGAGGAUGGAUGUGGCGCCGCGGACUGCGAAGAAUUUCAGCGCGUUGUGUGUGGGAGACAAAAGAGGGCUUGGAUAUAAGGGGUCGCGGGUGCACCGGAUUAUUCCUGGGUUUAUGAUUCAGGCCGGCGACUUUACCCGGGGCGACGGCACUGGUGGAAAGUCCAUUUAUGGCGAGACCUUUGAUGAUGAGAACUUUACGCUGGAUCAUGCGGCUCCGGGCACUUUGUCGAUGGCCAAUGCUGGACCGAAUACCAAUGGGUCACAGUUCUUCAUUACGCUGGAUAAGACGCCCUGGCUGGAUGGCAAACAUGUGGUGUUUGGCAGGGUCAUACAGGGAAUGGACAUUGUGCGCAUGGUCGAGGCGCUCGGAGACAAGAACGCGCCGUUGAAGCCGCAGAAGGAAAUAACCAUUUGCGAUGCUGGCCUGGCAUCUUAACAAAACAAAAAAAGCGUGUCAAAUGUUUUUAUUCUUCUGUUUGUCACUGUGCUUUUGUUUUGUUUAUGUUUGGGA